AUGGCCAUGGGACAAGAACAGCAACGAACCCUCCAUCCUUUCUUUACAAGAGAUUGGAAUGUUUCCGUGAAUCCGACUAGACACACUCCGCGAAAUGAGACGCAAGCCACGAUCACAGACGACUCUAUACCCCAUGAUCUACACUCUCUCGGAUCAGGCUCCUUUCAAAGACCCGGUAGCUCGACAGUUCAGGAUAUUGGCAAUGGACCAUCUAUCGGAGAAGAUGGUGUAUGUGCUCCCAUAAACCCGUCUGUCGCCACGCUUGAUGACGAUCCCAAUUCAACCCGAAGAAAACGACGGAAGACUAAAGAGUGGGAUAACUCUACUUCUAUGAGAGAUUCGCAGAAGACCCAGGAGCAGCCAAUGGAGACGAACACACUACCUGGCCCGGGGGAAGCCUCGCACAAUGAUUUACCCGAGCACAUAACUCCCGGGGUCACAGGCACAACAUCAAGUCGUCUAGAGUAUCUAUCCCCAGCCACUGGGAUCGCAAAGGUACUACCUGCAGUGUACAAAACCUCAAUUGUUGAAGGACAAGGAGGGACAAAACCUUCCGACAGUAUUAAAGAGAAGGAAACACCUAAACGAAAAACACUGAAACUCAAUCCUAAUGGGAAAUUGCUGAGCUCACCGAUCUUGAACGAUGCUGCGAAUGGAACUCGGAAGAAACAAGGUGCAAGGCGCGGUAGACCUCCGAACCAGAAGAAUAUACAAGAGGAUAAAAAGUUAGUGAUCAUGAAGUAUGGUGGAGAGGGCAACUCCAAGGAUAGGAUUGGACAGUUAAUAGACGACAUCGCCAAUGGUCGACGAAAGCACGGUGUCCCGGAGCAUCCUGCCAGUGCCGUCCAUGAAGAGAAAGGUUCCCCAAAGCCCACCCAUCCAUUUUUCUUGAAAAAGCUUUCCCAGAAGAUAGAAGUCCUAUCUUCAUCGAAGCAUCAAGACCCUACAUCGGAGAUAGAGGUUAAAAAUCAAGACUCUGAAAAGACCCGGGAGAAAACAAGAUUUACCUCUUGGGGCGGUUCGGACUCGUCGUUUCAACCAUUCAAACGGCGUACUUCCAAAUUUCCUGAAUCAAUUCAUCCUCUCUGGCCUCCAAGAGGCCUGGCCCAUGUUAGAGGGAUUGAGACAGGAGAUCAUCCUUCAUGGCGUAGCACUACUAAUAUGCUGAACCGGGAUCGCAAAAAGGAUAAAACAGCUGUGGUUGGUAUCAACGACAAUGAGGAUGUGCUUUUACAAUGUAUGCGGGAUUUCCACACCGCAAAUUAUGGAUGGCAUCUCUCCCCCGGAACUACUCCUCCACAAGCCCUACGGAUACCAGGAAAGCGUGCUACGAGCGGACAAGCUCUGCGAGAAGCAAUGAUAUAUGAGCUGUCUGAAUCGACCUCAGGUUUUCUUCGAGAAGAAAGGACCCAGAAGAAGCUAUCUCAUCCUGCGAUUUCCAAGAUUGCCUCGUCCAUGGACAAUUCCAUGACUGCUUUUGAUCUCGGGGAGUUCGAGUCACUCUUGUGGAGCCAUAAAUAUUCACCUAGCUCUGCGGACGAAGUUCUUCAGAUCGGUAGGGAGGCCUUUAUGUUACGGGACUGGCUGAGACAUCUCAUGGUUUCUGCAGUAGAGACCGGGAAGCCAGGGAAGGCGAAUCAGAAACCAGAUAGGGAAAAGCGAAACAAGCGACGAAAAAAGGCUGACAAACUGGGCGGCUUCAUUGUAUCAAGCAGCGAUGAAGAGUUUGAGAUGAAUGAGAUCCCCGAGUCCGAGGAUGAAUUAGCCGGGGACGUGACUGUUCAGUCGAAAAGAACUGUUGUUCGACCGGGAGAUUUGACAGGCAACAUGAAAUCAGGCACUGAGAGAAGUCGAAUGUCUAACGCAAUUUUACUCAGUGGACCCUCAGGUUGUGGAAAGACGGCAUCUAUACAUGCCGUCGCAAAAGAACUAGGGUUUGAGAUUUUCGAAAUCAAUGCAGGCAACCGCAGGAGUGCCAAAGACAUACUCGAACGAGUCGGAGACAUGACUCAAAACCAUCUCGUUCAGAACUUGAAUAGAACUAGCAAUGUAUCAAGAAGCCAGUCACCUGAAGGCUGUCUGCAGAGUGCCUACCAUGAUGAUGGUAAUCAAAACAAAAUGAUGAGCUUUUUCAAACCACUCUCUGCGCGUAACACGAAAAGGCAUGCGAGUCAAACAGCUCAACAAGGCUCGAUGCAGAAACCUGACUUGACGCACCCGCCCAGUCAAAAGCAGUCGUUGAUUCUCUUAGAAGAAGCUGACGUCCUCUUCGAAGAGGACAAACAGUUUUGGUCUGGCGUCAUGACUUUGAUAUUUCAGUCAAAACGACCUAUUGUUAUAACGUGCAAUGAUGAAAGCCUUAUACCUCUUGAAGAUAUCCCAUUAUACGCCAUUUUACGAUACCGGGCACCGCCUGCAGACCUUGUUGCGGACUAUUUGCUUUUAAUAGCUGCAAGCGAAGGCCAUAUGCUGCAGCGAGAAGCGGUCAGCGGUCUGUACUCUGCGUCUGGGAAGGAUCUCCGCAGGUCGAUCAUGGAUCUGAAUUUCUGGUGUCAAAUGGGAGUUGGCAGCGAGAAGUCAGGCCUCGAUUGGAUAAUUGAUAGGUGGCCUCCAGGGACAAAUGUUGACGAGGACGGCCACCCCCUACGAAUGAUUAGCUUGAAUACUUACGAGCCAUACAUGGGCUGGUUUAAUCGAGAUAUAAUCUUGGCCAGCAGCCCCCUUAAUAGCGAGGUUGAACUUGGCAAGGAAUCUCUUGAUUGGUGGCAACUUAGCGUACAGGAUUCCGAGACUAUAUCGGAUUUGACUGAGCCUGACUCUCGCUGUCCAGAACGCGAAGUUCUUGUUUCUCAGUCUAGUCAUGCACAACUUGAUGCUCUAUUUCAUGAAUCGGAUUAUGCGGACGCCAGAAGUGUGCUGGACAUUAUAUGCUCUAAUUGUUCGCCGGAUUUCAAAAAGGAUGCUGUUGACGUGUCUAUGCCUCCAAUAUCCGACAAACAAAGAGUGAACUACAUCGAAGGCUAUCGGCUGUUGCAUGCCGACCUUCAGCCUGAUUACUCACCACUGUCUGGAAUUCUAUGCACCACGUUUGAUGCCCUGAUGAGGAAUGUCUUCCGAUCUGGUAGUCGACUAGGUGACGAGUCCUUGCAGGCUGCAAGAAUCCUCUCCAAAACAACCAAAUUACAGAGUACCGCUCCGUCCGGGAAGAAGUUCCUUGAAGCAUUUCAGCCGAUAAUGCGGGCCAAUUAUGUAUUCCCUCCGCCGACUGGACGUCUAGCGCCAUCGUUUGAGAACGGAAUCGCACCGAUUGCAGAAGAUCUUGCACCGUAUGUACGCGCGAUAAUGGCGUUUGAUCUACGACUCGAACAAUACCGGUUUAAACUAAGCGGUCUUCUGUCUCAAGGUGUAACAUGCACGAAGAGGAUGAGGAAGACCAGAGCAAGUCGAGCCGCUCUUGAAGGAGGCGACAAAGCAUCUACGCGGAAGGAGAGGUGGUUUGACAUGGAUGCGAACCCUUCUCGGAUACUGAGUACCGGGAAGAGCGAAUGGCAGGAUAUACUGGUCCAGCAAGGGUAUUUCCAGGUGGGAUCUGUGGAAGAUCAGAGCAGAGACUCUGGCGGCAACACUUCUGAUAGUUCUGGCACGGGUGGAUUUUGAUUGUAAAUGAUAGUAUAUUGUUGUUGUAUUAGCGCGCUAUAUACCGGGCUUUAUAAUUCAACCUCGUGAACAUAAUGGCAAGCGUCCA